AUGGGUCUUCCUACAGCUCAGUCUGACCCUCCUUCCCCUACGGGGCAGGCUUCAAAGAGAACUCUCCAUCGUAAGCCGAAAUCACAGCAUUGCAAGGUUGUCAAGGCGACAGUUGCCCGGGAUAAGUUUGGCCAAAAGAAGCUUUUAACGAAGCAUAGUUUGGUGGAGAAGUGGCCACGGCCUGCAACCGAAGAACUAAAAAUAUCGAAUAAUCCGUCCCUGGCAAGGUAUGCUCUUUCCGAUCCAGAUCUUCAACAGACCCUGGAAGCCGGUGAAGGGCUUAUCGGCGAAGGCCUUUCCGAACACCAGGGCUCCUGUAUGUGGAGGGAGAAGGGCUUUUGGUCCGAGGAUGCCCUCAGUCUUCCUAUUUUAGUAGAUUCCUCGGCUGAGGAGAGGUUUUGUCGAGACUAUCGUUACAUCAACGCACAGUUAACCCGACGUUCAGACCAGAAGCUACGGCUCCGCAUCUCACAUGCCCUGUUGUACCUUUCCUUUUGA